AUGUUUCUGUUUUUGUUUUUUGCUUUUUGGCAGUCGAAAGAGGGGAGCGGCAUAAAAAAUAAAAAUAAAAAAGAAAAAGGUGCGCGGGAAGGGGUUUGUGGUGCGCUAUCAGUCACCGUCGCCGCUUAUCUUCUAAUGAACGCCGAUGGAGGCACCGACGAGACCACGGCGAGGUUGGUGUCUCGUUUGGCCCAGCGCUCGACGCUGUCGAGUGACGCUGAGCCCUUUAUUCCCUCAUUUCUGCGAGCACUGGCAACCACAACAGAAACUCAGCAGAAAAAUGAGGAGGAGAAUGCGGUUGAGUUGAAGCGAGGCGAGGUGCUGGAAACUGGGCUGAAGCAGCUCUAUUGCAACGCUGAGACAUACACACAGCUGCCGUCCGUUGAGAGCCUGGCAACUACGGCAGCUGUUGCUUCCACAGCCCUCUGCACAUUUGGUAGCAUGACAGAAGAACAGUUGCAGGAGUUGGAGGAAUAUCUAUGGAAUCCUUCUCAAAAUAAUAAUGAGUCUUUUCAAGAUGAUGAGCGGGUCUUUGCCAAUGACGAUGAUGGUAUGGAUCCAGAAGAGGAGGAGUGGCUCUUUAAACAAAUGUUGGAAGCAGCAGGAGUCACGCAGAUUGAAGAGACAACUACCGACGAGAUUGGGGGGUCAUGA